CGAUACUCGACUUUGAACAAUCGUGUUUCCUGCCAGCAAUUGAAUCAUCCCUGCUACACAGGGAAGGGGCUCUGUAUUUCUCUUCUCUCUUUUUACAUGUAAUAUUAUUUCCAUCUCUUCUUUUUUUUCUAUUUGAGCUCUUUCCCACUAUAAAAAAGGGUACGUGAAAAAAAUGUUGCGACAAGCAACCGCACGACGAGCAGGUCUACUGCUACGCAACACCAAUACCUCCACCGUUUCUACUGCGUUCCAAAGACGACUCGCGAGCACCAACGGCAGCAAUCCGAUUGUACCCCCGCCACCGUCGCAGAAGCAGCGGAGUUGGAGGAAUCGACUGGUGCGCUUGGGAUUUGCCGGCGCCGCGAUUUAUUACUACAACACCUCGAGUGUCUUUGCCGAUGAGCAGCAGCCACGUUUCUCCCUAUUCCGUUCUCAGCCAGUCGAAGAUGCUGUGAAAGUCACGCCAGUUGCUGAGCAGAAGCAGCAACAGAUACAAUCCAGCUCGACCGCCACGAAGUCCGAAGACGCUUCCCAACCAAAUACGGCCGGGGAAGGACAGGGGUUAGAGGACUUGGAAUCCCAGGCCGGCACUGAAGGUGCUUUCAACCCGGAAACUGGCGAGAUUAACUGGGAUUGCCCAUGCUUAGGCGGGAUGGCUCACGGGCCGUGUGGUGAAGAAUUCAGAGAAGCGUUUAGCUGUUUCGUCUACUCGACCGAGGAGCCCAAGGGAAUGGAUUGUAUUGAGAAAUUCAAGGGCAUGCAAGACUGUUUCCGCCUCCACCCGGACGUCUACGGUGCCGAACUUGAGGAGGACGAAGUCGAUGAACAACUGACCGAGCAAAUCGCCCAACGAGACAGAGAAGACCAAGCUCGAAAGGAUCAACAACAACCGCCGCAGGAAACCCCAGCAAGUGAUCCCGCAAGUGCCAGUCUAAACGAAGCCGAGAAACGCGCCGAAGUUGAGGAAAUACGCAAGGCGAAUGUUCGUACACAAGACGGUGCUCAGGAAGAAGAGAGCCUCGUUCCGAGGGCGUGGCAUGAAAGCGAAGGCGAGGAUCUGAAGAAGACGGAGAACUAAUUGACCAUAUUGCCUUUCCCACCACUAUAAAGACAAUUCCUGCCGACGACUUUCAUUUGUGACAACACAUCCACUCCUAUCCGUCUGUAUUCUGAAUGUAUACCAUAACCUGACUGCAUUUGCCGUGGAGAAAAUAGCUGCUCAAAAGAAUAUAGAAUUGUAUAAUAAGUUUUUAUCACUACAUGCUACUUUCUUCAUCUUGAAUCCUUUCUCUGUUAAGACUUCUACCC